AUGACUUCACCGACCAUUUCUGAAGCACAGCCUCUAGCACCCACUCCGUCCGAAUCGAAACACACUUUGUCUAUUUCCAAACAUGAUGGAAAUGGAAAUGAACAUCCUACUCUGGGAGAAGUCUCCCCUUCAUGGUUGAUGAGAGUUGGCGUGGCCGUAGCGUUACUAACAGUCCCUGUGGUGUAUUUGGUACUUAUUGAAUUGGUCGCGCACCUUUAUGGAAAGAAGCAGAGUUCGUUCGGUGAUAACAUUCUUGAGGUCCUCCAACUUGCUUCUACUCUUUGGCCUAUCUCAUUCGCAGCAGUCAUCGGGCCUUUCCUCAGAACCCUGGCUCUCUAUUGCGCCGAACGAGGGGCGACUCUUGGGUCGCUCGAGUUCUUGUUGACCAGCCAUACCACCGUUGCCGCUGUCAAGAAUCUUUUUACUUUUCGUCAUAUACAUAUAUGGACUAUUGGUGUCAUAGCGAUAUGGUCUUUCAGUCCAUUGGGCGGUCAAGCCGCUGUUCGGUCUUUAUACCUCCAGUCACCUACGCACAACGAGACAAUCGAUGCUAUGCAUUACUUUUCCCAAGUACCCCUCAGGACAUUAUGCCAUAAUAUAAACCAAUCUGAUUUCUAUCAGUACUAUGGGUGUGGAAGCGCAUUUGCCCAACAUACAUCUCUACCAGGAUUACUUCCCGCUUUUCGGAGAGCUGUGAACGCUGCUUUCGCGCGACCGGACGUUCUGGUAUCGCACCCCAAUGUUUCGGCUGAUGAUUACAAAACCGUGAUACAGCAGCUGGGAGGGGUUUCUCCGGCAGCUCGUCUUGGGAAGCAAGACAUAUGGCGUAACGUCCGUGUUCCAUUCAUGGAACUCCUACCCGAAUAUAACCGCCGUGUUCCUGAGUCAUGGAUUCAAAUACCUUCUGAAAUUGUUGUGCCAUACUCAUCGUUCAUCGGCGUACCAGUCCGCAGAGGAUCUCAUCCUGAAGCGGCGGGAAACUCGAGCAUGGUUUUACACACCCGUUAUCAAACUCUCAGCUGCGGCGAUGCAUUCAAUGGGACUUCUUGGCUGAAACGCAAAGAUGGCGAGUCAUGGAUAUUUUAUCACAACACAAACUUUACAGAUUCUAGCCCACUGGAACAGCAGAAACUCAAAUACGGACUAGAUACCAAGCCAAGCCUUUGGAUGGAUCUUGUCUUAAACAAUGCAACAGAUUCGCAUUUCAACAACAAAACUAACUUAACAUUCGAGUCUCCAUUGCAGUUGAUAGUUGGUGGAGACUGCGGUAAUGGUCAGAUGAUUCGCGUUUGCAACAUCACUACUUCAUAUGUAGAUGUUGAAAUUGGUUGCAAACGGCUGAGCAGCACAGAUGACCUCAAUUGUCAGGCUGAUCGAAUUCGACGGACUCCUCACCCAGGAUAUUCGAUAUACUUAUCAGACUUGUCGUACCCGCCCGUCUCUGAACGUCUCGUAUACGAAAUGCCAUUCACAACCGCACCUUACCAGCCAUACAGGCCCAGUCUCCUUGAACGAUACAUUCGUCAACCUUCUUCAACUUUCAGUACUGCUGAUGUUCGUGAAGGAGUUCCUUUCCCGGCCUGUUAUUCAAAUUUAUCUCAAGCACUCUUCGAGGUCAGGUUUGCCACAGCUCUCAAUACGUUCCUCAUGGCCUCGUACGACAGUACUAUUCUAACAGGUGCCGAAAGUGCCUUUAAAGAUGGUAUUGAUGAAUAUGGAAACCCUACAAAUGAAAGCACAUAUGGUAACGACAUGUGGCAGAAUACUACUGCCACUUGGACCGAGUUUACAGAGAGCAUCUAUGUCAUAGAUGUAGCAUGGUUUUGCACUUUUAUUAUAUCAACAAUCAUACUAUUAGGCUGCGCUAUCGCCAAUACUGUUAUUCGGGAGCUGAUCCUGGCUCCUGACUUUCUAGACAGUGUCGACGGGCUAACGCGGGAUUCUCCCUUUGUCAAGAUCCCCAGCGAGUCUUGGGUAACAGGAAGCGGAGUUAGUUCGAAGGAUCGAUUGCGGGCAACGAACAACAUUCGAGUCCAAAUAAGAGAUGUCGAUCCGGAUGCAGAUGUUGGGAGAAUCGUGCUGACGACCGAUACGACUGACAAGAGACUCAAUUGGCAUAGGGCAUACGUGUAG